GUCGACAACACCAAGUUGUCCCUCAGCACACUUUCAACUACUACUUCGUUAGACCCGGUUGCCGUGCCGCCAUCUACUCGACGGCUUCGCUCAUUUGACGACCUCAUGUUCGAGUGGCGCCCUAUAGUAGCCGUGCUGCAAUACUAGCGCACCGCCGAAAUCAACCAGCAACAUCAACUUCUCCUAUUCCAUUUUCACUUGGUUCCCUUUCCAUUCGCAAUGGCAGAAUUUCAGCGAGAUCAUGAAGAGGUGGACAAGCACUCCAGUGCACUGGUGGCACCUCUGAACAUUCAAAAAUCCCCCAAAAGGUCCCGGAGUCGAGAGCGUGGCCACAGCCGACAGUCGUCUUCGAGAGGAGCGCUUUCCAUUAAAUCACAAUCGCAUUCGCAAUCUCACCCUUCACCACCCCUGACACCGCGAACAUCUCGGGAGUCGAUGCCAGAGGAACCGCCAGCACAACCCGUUUUCCAUAAUUAUCUGCGAGCGUUCUAUCAUUUCCAUCCCAGUUCAACCGUGUCCUCUUCUACGGACGAAUCCUCCAUCACUGUGCCCAUCAACCAAGGCGACGUCAUUCUGGUGCAUUCAGUACAUCCUAAUGGAUGGGCCGAUGGCACGCUCCUGGCCUCUGGAGCACGUGGCUGGUUGCCCACGAAUUAUUGCGAGGCAUAUGACCAUCCUACCAUCCGUAACCUCCUCAAUGCAUUGACGCAUCUUUGGGAUCUUGUCCGUGACGGCGAAAACGGCGACCUGGCCGUGUUCACAAGACAGGAUUAUGUAAGGGGCAUGAUUGCAGGCGUGCGAUUCUUUCUUGAACAUACGCAGUGCUUGACAAGGGAUUCAUCCCUCAUCGUUGCCCACGUCGGCCUACGGCGAAUGCGCAAAGGUCUUCUGGGAGAUCUCUCAUCGCUGGUGAAGACUGCCAAGAAGCUGCAGGAACUCCUGCAGACAAACGAGCCCCCAGGGCCGGCUUUCGACCAUCUGGACGAGCUCGUGCUCAAGUCAUUUAAACUGGUGACGAGAGCGGUGCGCUUCCUGGAUAUAUGGGCACAAGAUGCCGUGUCCCUGUCGUUCGAUCUGAACGAAACAAGUAAUAACAGGCCCCCAACCCCGCCAUCUGACUCCGUUGAUCACUCUGUGGAACCUCCAGCAACGUCAGAGAGCAACGGUGAGGGGGAGACCCCCGCGAGUGAGGACACGUCCGUUGUUACACAAGCCACAGGAGGAAUGCAGGAGGAGUCGGACAAUGUGGCGAACCAGCCACCACGUUGCCUUAAUCGCUUGUCCGUUGCCUUUUCGAUUCCAUCAGAUGCCGAUUCUCUCCAAUCACCGCUUUUCCCUCCUCAGCCCCAAUCCCAAACGAAGCGACUAUCUGUCACCCACCGCCUGUCGUACACCGGGAAGUCGCAGGGACCGCGAAAACAGAACCUGGCCUCGGAGCGGCUGAACGCUGCACACGACUCUUUUCUUGGUUUCAUCGGCUCCUUUAUUGGGUUGCACCUGCAAUCGCGCUCCUCGAACGAACUUACCCUUACCACCCAACAAUCUGUCAUCGCUUGCCGACAACUCCUCGCCGUAGUCGACGAAGUAUGGGAACGCGAUUCACGACAAUCCGCACAGCUGGAGCAAGCAAGGGACACGAUGUAUGCUCGUCUCACCGAAUUAGUUCACGCGACCAAAGAAAUGUUCAACGACUCGGAGUCUGCUCUCGGGGACGAUGUCAUCUUACCAGAUUCCGGGAAGCAACUGGUUGCAGCCGCAACCAGUUGCGUUCGUUCCGCGGGCGACUGCGUGACGAAAUCCAGAUUUGUUAUCGAGAAAAUAGGAGAUUUCGAGUUCGAAAACGUUGGUCUAGGUCUCUCGGAAAAUGUCUUCGAGCAGAUCAGCCAGACGGUUCACCAAGAGGUGGAACAGGAACAUGCACAGGAACAGACUCAAGAGUCUGAACAGCCUGACGACCUAGAAUCUACAAAACAACCAGAGCAAGCGCCCAUGGAAAUCGAUAAACCACUACCCGCCCCGCCUACAUCUACCCGUCAACUCCCACCACCACUUGUCAUAUCAGAGUCCAAACCUCUCCCAGAAGUACCGCAGCCUUCACCUUUGGAGACUAACGCGGUCUCCCUCCAGCCCGUCCAGCAGACCAUCGUGGAAAGCCCAGUUGCGACAUCAUUCAGAUCAUCGCGAUCAUCUCUACCACCUCUCAACCACCUGCCAACACCUCAUCUACCACAACCUAGCCCAUCAGAGUCUUCUCAAAGCCCAGCGAGCGCUACCCAGCGCUUCUUUGGCAAAGCAGGUCGAGCAGAUAGCGUCAAUGUUUCAGUCGCCGAUACCAGUAGCACCUACCGGUACAGUAUGCGAGGUGACACUGGUAGUGUAGUCUCGCAGUCCUCGACUCGAGCAACAACACCCGAACAUUCCCCCUCCAAGCAACCAAGCUCCCAGACUUUGGUGAGUAGCUUCGGUAGUGCGUCAGAGCUCCGAUCUCUAGCCAGCGAGGACGUCACUGCUGUUGAGGAGCAUUUGCUCGAAACCACCUAUGCUCAUGAACUGGUCUAUAACAAGGAAGGCCAGAUCUCUGGUGGGUCACUUCCAGCUCUCAUAGAGCAGCUUACUACACACGAAGCAACUCCAGACGCAGUGUUCGUCACUGCUUUCUAUUUGACAUUCCGACUGUUCACAACACCGUUGGAGUUGGCACAAUGUCUCAUCUCACGCUUUGACUACAUCGGCGACAGUGAAGCCGUCGGCGUUCCGGUUCGACUACGCGUGUAUAAUGUCUUCAAGGGAUGGCUUGAAAGCCACUGGAUCCCAGAGAGUGACAAUGCCGCUCUUGGUGUAAUACUUUCUUUUGCUACUGGAAAGCUCCGAUUAGCUCUGCCUCCUGCGGGAAAACGGCUUGCAGAGUUAACUUCUAAAGUGACAGAGAUCCGUGUCGGAGCUCUGGUUCCUCGCCUUGCAUCGUCACUGGGAAAGACAGGCGCAGCUAACGCCGUGUUUACGCCAUCGGAUAGCAAUGUUCCCAAUCCUAUCAUGACUCGAGGCCAACUGAGUGCAUUACGUAGCUACAAGGAAGGCAAGACACAGUGUAGUAUACUCGAUUUCGACCCUCUCGAACUCGCAAGGCAGUUCACGCUCAUCGAGUCGAAACUUUUCUGUGCAAUUCAGCCUGAUGAGCUGUUGGCAUCCGAGUGGACGAAGAAGAAGAGCUCGAAAGCCGUGAACGUUCGCGCAAUGUCCACACUAUCGACCGAUCUUGCCAAUCUUGUCGCCGACACCAUUCUACAUCUCGAGGAUGCGAAGAAGCGAGCUAUCAUUAUCAAGCAGUGGGUCAAGAUCGCCGUCAAGUGCCUGGAACUAAAUAACUAUGAUUCUCUCAUGGCGAUCAUCUGUUCAUUGAAUUCCUCAAUGGUCUUGCGUCUUAAGAAAACCUGGGAAUUGGUUUCAGCUAAGACGAAAGCUCGUCUCGAAGAACUGAAGACGAUUACUGAUGUCGGCCGCAACUAUGCGGUCCUCCGCCAGCGUCUACAAAAUCACAUUGCUCCUUGCAUACCAUUUGUAGGCAUCUAUCUCACAGAUCUUACCUUUGUCGAUGUAGGAAAUGGCACCACUCGCCAGCUUCCCGGCGAGACCGGGCAAGAUGGUGUAUCCGUCAUCAAUUUCGACAAGCACAUGAAGACUGCGAAGAUCAUUGGCCAAUUACAGUCAUUCCAGGUGCCAUAUCGAUUGGCUGUGGUCCCGGAGAUGCAGGAGUGGAUUGAGACGCAGAUUGAACGGAUGCACUCUAGCGAUGAGGCCAAUGUUCAAAGCUACUACCGCCGUUCACUUUUCCUUGAACCCCGCGAGCCUCCACAGCCGAAAGCCUCAUCGCCGGUCGAGACUACUGCCCUAAGCACAUUUUCAGUCGAUAACAAGACAAACUCGAAAGACCGAUUCGAGUUCUUAAACUUUCAUUUCACUACCAACAAUUAACAACACCAACAACAAUAACACCCCCAAAGACACAUAGAUUUGAUCAUCAGCCUCGAGGCGCUCGAUUUUGGAUUUUCCCCAAGAGGGAUACGGGAUUCGGCAUUGUGCAUAGUGCCUUUCGCUCCUCAACUUUCGUCACGGUCUUUUAACGAAUUUCCUUUUGUUUGCCUGUCUUUGCUUUCUUUACUGUUUUCGAGAUACCACUCCAGCGAUUUUCUUUUUCUGAAAUAGGGACACGGGGGAAGAGGAUUCUGCAUCAUUGGCCUUUUUCAUUAUGGGCCAGGGGCAUCUAGCAUCGGAGUUCGACAUUGGAUUGAGAACCUAAGUGUCGGGGAGGUCGGGAAGGGGUUUCAUAUCUCAUUUAUCUGGGUGGAAGAAGCCAUCCACAUUAUUGGAUGGGAGAA